GGGAAUAAGAGAGAAGUCCACCAAAGUGACGGAUUGAAGAGUUUUUAAGAGAAGAGAGAGAGAGGGAGGCAGAAAUUUUUUGGAAUUAGUAAGCAAUGGAGGCUGGGAGAGAGCUGCUUUGACCAGACCCGCUUCAACUUCAGCCAUGGCCAUGGCGCAGACCCCAUUUCUGGACUUCCUUCCACUCCCUGCCUCUCUCUUUUGAAAGCUGCCUUCCCUGACUUUCUCUCCUCAACUGGGUUUUCUCCCAUUUCCCCCCUUCAUUUUCACUCUCUCGUUUUCUUUCUUGGUGGACUUUUCGAUUUUGCCCUCUCUCUCUCUCUCUUUCUUCCCCUGUUAUCGCAAUCCCCUUUUGCCAUUUAGGAGAUUCAGCGUCGACCCCUCUUUGAAGAUCAUCGCCUCCACAUACCCUUUGAUUUUCAUCGCCUGUUUUUGGUGUCCCCUUGUUUAACCGGCGGAGUUUCAAUCUGGGUUUCUUGCAGAUCCCAUCACUGAUUCUCUGCCCACCAAUUGUUUGCUGUUGGAUUCCUGUAGUGGAGGGGCUGGAGCUUCAAAAUUGAUCGAGAUAUGUUUUUUGGUAGUUGGGUUCAUCAGGGUUUUCAGUUUUGGGGUUUAGAUUGUCAAUUGUUGCAGAAGUCCUGCUUGGAAAAGGUCAACUUUGUAAAAAAUUAAUUGAGGCAGGAUUUCUGUCUGGAGAUUAGUCUUUUGCUUCAUUGAAGACUAAUCGCAUCUCUAGAGAUAAGAGGCAAAUAUUUGCCCUUUUAUGGAAAUUGUGGACGCAGGAGAAAUAUAGUUUGUUUUUUUUUCCUACACAAUGGGAGGAGUUUGUUCGAGAACAAGAAGAACCACUGCAGAUGAUAUUAGUGGCAAUAAUGGUUAUGAUGGAGGCUUUGCACAUGCCAAUGGUCAUUCUAACAGUGAACCGGUGAUGGGUUAUCAGUCUCGUGGACUGCCCUCGAAAAUUAGUGAUUCCACGCCGGCUGCUGUUGAUGAUGGAAUGAAUAAGCAGUUACGAGAACCGUUUUCAUUUCCAGAGGUGAAUGUGGUUACAUACGGACUGGAUGAUAUCAAUGAUGGAAUUCCUCGCUUAUCUAGAACCUUAUCUCAGAAAUCUAGAUCAACCAAGUCCAGACAAGCUGCUGUUGCAAAGGUUUCAGAAGUGAGCUCCUUUCUAGGCAAAGCAGGUACUGCUGGGUUCGGGAAGGCGGUUGAUGUCUUGGAUACACUUGGUAGUAGUGUGACUAGCUUGAACCUUGGUGGUGGUUUCAACUCGGGGGUGGCAACAAAAGGGAACAAAAUUUCAAUCUUAGCUUUUGAAGUUGCCAACACCAUUGUGAAGGGUUCUAGUCUAAUGCAAUCCCUCUCAAAACGUAACAUCAGAGUUUUAAAAGAGGAGGUGCUCCCAUCAGAAGGGGUGCAAAAUUUAAUAUCAAGAGACAUGGAUGAACUCUUGAGAAUUGCAGCUGCAGACAAGAGAGAAGAACUGAAAGUUUUCACUUGUGAAGUGAUUCGCUUUGGAAAUCGUUGCAAAGAUCCUCAGUGGCAUAAUUUGCACCGCUAUUUUGAUAAGUUAGGUUCAGAAGUUACACCACAAAAGCAAUUGAAGGAAGAUGCUGAGGCAGUGAUGCAGCAGAUGAUGACAUUGGUACACUAUACAGCAGAACUUUAUCACGAAUUACAAGCCUUGGAUAGAUUUGAACAAGAUUAUCGGCGCAAGCUUCAAGAGGAGGAUAAUUCCAACACCGCUCAAAGAGGAGAUAGUAUUUCAAUCUUAAAGGCUGAGUUAAAAAGCCAAAAGAAGCAUGUCAGAGCUCUAAAGAAGAGAUCUUUAUGGACCAGGAUUCUGGAACAGGUGAUGGAGAAGCUUGUGGACAUAGUGCAAUACUUGCAUUUGGAGAUUCAUGAAGCCUUUGAUACUGCUGAUGAUGAUAAACCGACAAAAGGUUCUCAGAAUAACCACAAAAAGUUGGGGACUGCCGGUCUGGCUUUGCAUUAUGCAAAUAUUAUUAGUCAGAUCGAUACACUUGUGUCUCGAUCGAGUUCCAUACCUCCUAAUACUAGGGAUGCUUUGUAUCAAGGACUACCACCGAGUAUAAAGUCAGCUUUGCGCUCAAAAUUACAGUCAUUUCAGCUCAAGGAAGAGCUUACAAUUCCUCAAAUCAAAGCUGAGAUGGAGAAAACUUUGCAAUGGCUUGUUCCUAUUGCCAAUAACACUACCAAGGCUCAUCAUGGUUUUGGUUGGGUUGGAGAAUGGGCAAAUACAGGGUCCGAAGCAAACCGAAAACCUUCUGGCCAGAAUGAGUUACUAAGGAUCGAGACUCUCUAUCAUGCCGAUAAAGAAAAAACCGAGCUUUACAUCCUUGAACUGGUGGUAUGGCUUCACCAUCUGAUCAGCCAAGCUAGAGCUUGUAAUGCUGGAAUAAGGUCUCCUGUUAAAUCCCCAAUUAGAUCCCCAAACCAGAGGACGAUUCAGUUAUCUAACCAGAAACCGAGCUCUCCAUCCACUACGUUGACUAUCGAAGACCAGGAAAUGCUUCAAUAUGUGAGUAAAAGAAAACUUACCCCUGGAAUAAGUAAGAGUCAGGAAUUCGAUUCAGCAAAAACCAGGUUAAGCAAACACCAUAGGCUGAGCAAAAGUAGUAACCAUUCCCCAACCAAUGAAAGCAAGAAGGAUCCAUUCCCCCUCCGACGGCCCAACUCCAUCCCGGUCAUUGAUUUCGAUAUCGACCGCAUGAAAGCCUUGGAUGUCAUUGAUAGAGUCGACAACAUUCGAAGCUUUUCAUAAUCCGGGAUCAAAAUGCAAGGAGAACGAUUGCUGAUCGUGUACACAUAAGGUAAUAACAUGCCAUUUUCCGAUUCGAUUCGAGUGCGCUUGGUAGUGUUUGUGGUGAAGAAGAAGAAGAUGAUGGGAGUAGAAUUGUUAGGCGUUGUGUUUUUUGGAUGUGAAAAUAUAUAAGGGUAAUAGCAUGUUAAUGUUCAGAGGACAGCUUUGAAAUAGUUGUAGAGAUUGUGAGGGGUUUCAGAUAAUAGUUUCUUUCAGUUCUGUGUAUAGAAAAUACUUUUAUUAUUUCAUAAUAAUUGAAAGUUAUUUGGAUUCUUUUUCUUCCCUA